UUAUAAGAUCGUGGAUUUAAAGUUUAUUUUAUUUUCAAAUACCUAAUCACAGCUCAAACGGUGUUAUAUAAGAUAGAAUUAAGACGAUCUUUCCUAAACAUAUAAGACCGCAAAUAUGUAAUGAUAUAAAAAUCUGUAUUUCAUCAAAUAUUUAUCAAUUCGGCUGCGCUACGCGCAAAUUGUUAGUAUGUAGAGGAUUAUAAGUUCAUGAAAAAUUAAAGGUCAUGAAGAAAUAAUCAUCUUCUCUGAGGCUCGAAACGUCGAAAACUAGUAGAGCAGAUGUAGUAUACCUAUCUAAGUACUGUGUAGAUAAUAAUUGCGAUAAGAGUCAGGACAGAUGAUCGUGCUAUCUUUUUCUCUUUUAUAUUAAUUCAUACACAUAACAAAUGAUUACUUUCAGCAAAAUCGAUUGCUUACUGAGCGCUUUGUGUUUAUUGCUUAUUAUUGGCAUAUACAGUAGUUUCUCGCUAAUAUUCCGCUUUUCGGUUCCGCGAGCAGAAAGAUAUCAAAAGAGGUAUUAUUCCGAGAAAUGUUAUCUCUCUGAUUGGCUCGACCGCCGCGGACCCCACUAAUUCGCGCGAAGCUUAGGCGAAGCACUUCUAGGAAUUGAUGAGGAUGAAUCCCGGUACGAUACCGGGAUAAAAAUUCGGCACGUCAGCAAGGAACUACCGUAUUUUAUAUAUAGUUACGAUAAAGAUCUAGAGAAAAAAUCGAAUCAAAGCUUGCAAAGCACAAUAAGCACAAAGCUUACUAAACUUUUAAAGAAAGAGAUUGAGAUUUUUGUGUGCAACUUAUUCUACGACAUUUUUACUAUAUCCUCGUGACGAACAGAACUAUUACUAUUCUUGCGUUCCAAGUAUCACUAAAAAGCAUCUUUGGAUACUGACAUCGAUUUACUCAGAAAUUAGAAUCUCUCGUCCGUUUAUUGCACGUUGAAUAUACUUGAUGUGAAGCGACUAUUUUUUUCUAAAAGACCAUUUUCGAUAUUGUGAGAAAUAUAUAAAAUAUAUAUACAUACAAUGCGUGAAUUUCUGGAUAUACUUCCCAAAAUUUGGGCAAAAAAAAGAACUCUCAAUACUGCAUCUGAUGAGAAAGAAAAGUCAGAUGACAGCAAAAAUAUCUCAGCAAGGUUACACGUCAGUAAAAAGUAUCUGAAACUUCUAAACUCAGUACGUAAUAUCAAACUACAAUGCGAGAAAGAUAUAAGAACGAAAAAAACAAUUUCCGACAAAACAAGAAAAGAGCUAACAGCUACAGAAGUCAAGAUAUGUUCUAUGUUUACAGAUAUACGUAAACUGAAGAACUUAAAAGAUACAUAUUGUGAUAGUAUCCUAUCGGUUGCAAUAACAGUUUUAGUUAACAUAUAUAUGUCAGAUAUACGUAAUGAAAUUAAUAAAGUUGAAGAAUGCUGCAAAAUGAAUAUAGAACUUAUGAAAGGACAAGAACUAUCUCCUAAAUACAUUAUACUAGCUAUGGCCACGCAGCUGUGGAGAAAUUAUAUUCUAUACUUGAAAAAUGCACCAAAAAAAGAGCGUUAUUCAUGCUUAAGUACAGCAAUGCUUCUGCAUUGUACGUAUACAGCAAAAGAAAUAUAUCCUACUCCUAUUAAAUAUGAUGAGAUCUACUAUGGACAUGAAACGAAUCCAAAACUCAUUUUAGAUCAAUUUCAAAUAAAUAUUUUGGAAGAAAUAAUAAAAAUGUAUAUUUUUUAUCCACAUGAUAAACACGAAUUUGUAUUAUAUAUGCAUAAAUUACUGAAAGACACUAUGGAAGAAGCACUUUUACAGUCAGGACAUCUUGAGUGGAGUAGUACCUGUUCUAACUUAGUGUUCUAUUUUAUUUCUCAUAAUCGUUUUUGUGAAGCCAAAAGUCAUCUUCUUAUUGCAAACAAAAUAAUGAACAAAUAUAUCGAGAAAAUAAUGAUUAUAGCCGAGACAGAUAAUACUUCAGAUGAGGAAAAAGAUGUAGCUGUUUGUAGGUAUUAUAAUGCAAUACAUGCACACAACUUAAGAUGGGUGCAAUACGCAACUGAACUUAUUCGUAGUUCGCAAGAAAGAUUGUUACAGGGUGAAAAGAUAAGUAACAAUAAUUCACCUUGUGAAAUAGAUAAUUCAAGUUUAACAGCUUCUUUAGUAUUUGACGAAACAUCUGAACCUGUACUUGCAUAUUAUGAGGAAGGCAUAAUAGAUUAUCGGUCUUUUACAGACCAAUACUUAAUACAUUAUGAUGACGUGCGCAAACUUUGCGAACCGGCAAUGGAAAUAGCGACUAACGCAAUGAACUACUUUGAUCUAACUGACAAUUUAUAUCGUCUUGGUGAAACAGGUUUAUAUUUGUCAAGACUAUAUAAAUAUUUGUCUUAUUCUGUUAGAAACUCUUCAAUGGCAAUAGAAUGGCAUAAUAAACGAGUAAAAAAUUUAAAAUACAUAAGUGAUAAAUUAAAGACAUGUACAGUUUUACAAGAAAAACGAUUAUAUCAGGCUGUUUGUCUAGAAUUAGGUCUCGCUUAUUGCGCAUCUUUAGAUAAAAUGGAAGAAAAGAUAGUACGAACAGGUGAAGAUUUAAGAAAAGACGUAACAAACUUAUUUCGCGAACAAGUAAGAAACAUUAUAGACUGUUUUAAUAUUGUAAAACUAUACGAUAGUGAAUUCAAAACUCUUUCAGAAACCUAAAGAUGAGGAAAAGAUAUAUUGAUAAAGAUAGGUUUUUUUUUUUUACUAUGUUACGUACAGACAACUUCUGUAUUUAUGUAUACUCUAUAAGGAUGUCUAAUAAAUUAGAGUUUUUGUAAUAUUUAUUUUUGACUAAUUUUGACAUACAAUGGAAUAUCCUUCGAGUUCGUGUUUGUUGACUCCUUUGAAGAAACGACGCAGAUUUCGGAUGUGUCAACUUUCUAGUCAACUAACUUGUUAAAAAUUCUUAUUGGCUAAAUAUUCAGGUUAAUUCUAAUUUCUCACUCGGAUUUCUAUAUUGAACUCUGGCAAUAAAUAA